AUGGUCCUCCGCAUCGACAGACUCGACAGCCACGAUCUCUCCAAGACACUGAAGACAGUGACGGGACCGCCUGGCGCCGUGUACACUCACAGUGGACAGCAGCAGGCCGGCCAGCAGCUAGCUCCCGGGAGCGGUGGAGAGUCGAGGUCGCAGUCCAGUCGGGUCUGGUGGAUCGUCGUCUUCAAGAACGCAGGUCCAGCCACAUUCGCAGGCUCGCAACCCGUCACAGAAGUUCCCCGGUGCGAGCGGGCGAAACCUUGCAACAGAAAGCCUGGCGACUGCAGGAUUGCGACACCGGCCACUAGGCAACUCGGGUCAAGACCGGAAAGCCAUGUCGAUUCGGACUGGGCGAGCGGCUAG